GGAACUGUAGCAGUCGGUGAGCUCACGUGUGCACUGACUUUUGUCUAGAAUAAUAUACUAAUGAUCAAAUACAAUAAUUAACUUGAUGCCGUGAUACUGAAAUGUCUUCGUCACACAUGCUUGCAUACGUUACUCGGUAUGCAAAAAUAAAUGUGAAGUUACUUUGUCUCUUAAUGCGUUAACGUUACCUAAAUGUGUUGUGUAAGUUAGAGAAUUAGCUAACAAGACAUCGGAACGAGUCAUCGAUGUCAUAAGUCAUACAGUACAGCACGUGAUUUUAAAUGCUGCUUUCUCUCAGUCAAAUCACUUUAUAAGACUAAAAUGGCUAUCAGAUUAGCUUUGGUUGGAGCUGUACGUUACAUCGACUCCAGAACGAGUGUCGUUUCUGCACAGAGACUCUUCUGCUCUCAAACUAGAGGACAAGGAUCUUCUGACACUAUAAGGGUGCUGUAUGAUGGAGAAUGCCCAAUAUGUGUUAAAGAAAUUAGCUUUCUUCAGUUUCUUCAGAGAAACAGAGCAGGUAAAGUAGAUUUUGUGGACAUCUCACUGCCAGAAUAUGACGGGAGCAAAUAUGAAGGAGUGAGUUAUGAGAUGGCAAUGGAGGAAAUGACAGUGAUCGAUGAGAAGAACAAGAUUCAUCGUGGAGUUCCAGCUUUCACAGUGAUGUACAGUGCAGUGGGUUUGGGUUGGCUUGGCUCGUUCAUCUCUCUUCCACUGUUCAGGCCUAUAAUGGAGCGAGCGUAUGGGGUGUUUGCAAGAAACAGACUGAAGUGGACCGGCAGAGAGGGUUGCACCACUGGACACUGUGCUAAAAAAUAGUCUUAAGGGAUAGAGAGCAUCAGGUCAAUGGAUGUAUUGAAAGUAACAGCUGUUAUUGCAUUUAAAGUUUAAGAUUCUGAAUAUAACUGUAAUGUCAAUAUGUGCACAGAAUAAUGAUCUUUUAUUAAGACCUACAACUUUAA